AUGACCGUAGUAAACGGACAGGAGAUUAGUCGCACUCCGGGACCACUGCCCAUGCCCGCUGUUGGCCAAGGCGCCAUUGUCGAGCAACGCCGUCGCCCGAGAGUGCUCUCACAUCCACAAAGACGGGUUUAGAGGAGAGAGCAGGAGUCAACAGAACAGCCAACUCUGGAUCAGAAUCCUCGGGGCCCUUAGUCGCCAAGAACAAAUGUCAGGUAGCCAGUAGCACACAGAGACGCCCCACACUGCAGCAGGGACAGAAAGAGAUCACAGGUUUAGUGAUCCAAACAGUUCUACAGUCGAUUGCUGAUCUUGGUAGGCAUGGCAAUCUGCCGAACACCAUCCACUGGACUGGACAUCUGCAAGUGUCAGCCUCUGACAAGAACAAAACAUGAGCAUACUGUAUUUCAGUUCUAGCAAAAAGGAAGAAAAACUGUUUGACAGGGGAAUAAUUUCUAACUUUGAUUUAUUAGUUGGCAAUAAAGGCAUUUAAAAAAGCUAAUCUUGGUUCCUUUACCAAUUAUUCCAAUACACAUUAUUAUCAGUAUGUCCAAUUAUUAACAGUAUGGGUGUUGAGAUUUGCAGUAGGCCUAAAUAUUGCACAUGGUCCUUUCUGGAAUAACUUUGUUUGUCAUGCUACUGCUACAUUAGAAAACGUUUGGUAUUUGUUGUUGAUUGGAGCCGGUUGCCCUCAAUGUAGUUGCACAGUGUCCUAUUAGUAGCCAGCUUUCACGUUCUUCAACUGAACAGCCUAUGAACACUGUGGACACUGUUGCACAUGGACAGCUCCCAGUGCUGAAUUGCCAAAUUCAGAAUGUAGGCCUGCUUCAACAUCAAUGAGUUAUUAUUUGUUUCUCCAAACAAAAUCAAAUUGUAAUUCUGGAGCAGGGGAAGGAAUGUAUGAAAAUGUAUGCACUCACUAACUGUAAGUCGCUCUAGAUAAGAGCGUCUGCUAAAUGACUAAAAUCUCAAAUCUAAGGAACUGAACAUAAAGAGACAUAAAUCAGUGUGGUGUCUUCUGCUUCACAUUCCUUAUCAAGCCACUAGAGCCCUCCAUUCUCAUUGCAUGUGGUGCUGCAUGCCAUGGUCAUGUCUCUCAGUCAGAUAGUACACGUGGAAAGGAUUUGAUUUGCUCACCUCCUGCGUCCUCUCUCCUCCGUCCUUUUUUUAAAAAAAAGGUAAAAGGUCAUUGUUCAAAACCCCUCCCAUUCCCCUCCUACCUGGAGGGGAGCCCUCCCCUCAUUAUUCGCCACACACCUCCAUCAAAGCUCGUUAAGAACAAUCCGGUCCACCUGAAAGAGGCAGGGCUACCCCUUUAAAUGCCCCACCUGCAGUCAUUAGUCCUCUUUCAACCAAACAGCUUUGACCUCUAGAGAGGCGUUAUUGACUGUGAGUAUUGCAUGAAUGUGGUGGUGUGGUGGGGGCCAAGGUAUUUCAUUCGUAUUGUUGUUAUGUAGAUUUAUAUUGUUUGACUGUUGUGCAUCUAAGUGCAAUUCCCUUAUUUGCCAGUUGUGUAACACUGUAGUGUUCAGAGUAUUUAUUUUGGGUAGGUUUGCGCUUUAUUUAUCAUAUGCCUCUGUUUUUUCAUUAACAUGUUUCUGUCUGUACCUAGACAUCACCAUCCUCGUCGACAUCUUUCAUCUGUCAGCUGUGACAUUCUCACCAUUUGAAGCCUACAAAAGACAAACAAACCUGUUUUUCAAUAAAGUCAAAAGGCUACCCUCUCCUUGUGAUCUUGCAGACAUGCCCAUUGUUGCCUCCCACUCUUCUCUUUGAGCUUUUUUCCAGUAAUUGAGGAUAGAGAAAGUGGAUGAAAAUGCGCUUGUAUUAAAUUACUCCUUCUCCAAUUGUGCGUCAUCUGGUAAAUGGGGACGGGGGAGCAGGUAGCUGACUAGGGGUGGCUGUUCAGCAGCCUGAUCUGGGGGUAGAAGUGAUUGGCCUGUCUGACCGUUUAUGCCAUGAUGCUCCUAUACUGCCCACGUCUGAGUGAUGGAAGCGGGUAGAAGAGGCCGCUUCCAUGCAGCCCGACAGCAUGGUCUCGAUGAGCUCCUGUAGAACACUGUGGGCCCUUAGAGGUAGGCUGAAUUUCUUCAAUUCCUUAGGUUGAAGAGUCGCUGUCGUGCCUUCACCACAGUGUCCGUGUGGUUUGACCAUUUCAGCUCCCCGGAGAUGUGUAUGCCGAGAAACUUGAAGUUUUUGACAAUCUCCACAGUGGCCCCACUGAUGAGGAUGGGGCGUGCCCAACCUUGUUCCUCCUAAAGUCCACAAUCAGCUCAUUGGUUUUGCUGACGUUGAGGGAAAGGUUGUUUACCUGGCACCAUGCCAUAAGUGCCUACCUCCUCUCUGUAGGCAGUCUCGUUGGUAAUCAGGCCUACUACUAUAGUCAUGUCGUCAGCGAACUUGAUGUUGGAGUUGGAACUGUAUGAGGCCACGCAGUCAUGGAUAUACAGGAGGGGACUGAGGACGCACCCUUGUGGGGCCCCCGUGUUGAGGAUCAGUGAGGUAAUGUUGCCUACCUUCACCACCUGGGGGCGGCCCGUCAUGAAGUCCAGGACCCAGUUCCAUAGGGAGGAGUUCAGUCCCUUGAGCUUAGAGGGCACUAUGGUAUUGAAGGCCAAGCUGUAGUUGAACAGCAUCCUCACAUAUGCAUUUAUUUUUUUCCAGGUGGGUGAGGGUAGCGUGCAGUGCAAUGGCGACUGCGUUGACCGUGAUCGGCCGGUGCAGUAGGCGAAUUGGAGAAGGUCUAGUGUGUCAGGGAGGAGGUGAUGUGGUCUUUGACUAGCCCCUCGAAGCACAGGCAUCCCAAUUUGGAACUUUUCACCAAAUAGUCUUUUGACCAAUGAGAUCAGCUCUGAUGUGAUCGGUCAAAAGACCAAUUAGUGGAAAAAUAUCAGCAUUUGGCUACCUGUUGAAACGCAGCCAUAGGGGGGGACACAAUUUUCCAUUUGACCUGUAGUGGGGUACUGUCCUGACAUCACAAACCACACCCUAGCUACACGUACAGGGCCUUCAGAAAGUAUUCAUACCCCUUGACUUAUUCCACAUUGUGUUACAGACAGUAUUCAAAAUUGAUUAAAUUGACUUUUUUUUCUCUCACCCAUCUACACACAAUACCCCAUAUUUUUGUACAUUUAUUGAAAAUGAAAUAUAUCUAAUUUACAUAAGUAUUCACACCCCUGAGUCAAUACAUGUUAGAAUCACCUUUGGCAGCGACUACAGCUGUGAGUCUUUCUGGGUAAGUCUCUAAGCGCUUUGCACACCUGGAUUGUACAAUAUUUUCCCAUUUAUUAUUUUCAAAAUUCUUAAAGCUCUGUGAAAUUGGUUGAUCAUUGCUAAACAACCAUUUUUAAGUCUUGCCAUAGAUUUAAGUCAAAACUGUAAGUCUGCCACUCUGGGACAUUCACUGUCUUCUUGGUAAGCAUAUCCAGUGUAGAUUUGGAGUUGUUUUAGGUUCUUGUCCUGCUGACGGGUGAAUUUUUCUCCCAGCGUCUGGUGGAAAGCAGACUGAACCAGGUUUUCCUCUAGGAUUUUGCCUGUGAUUAGCUCCAUUCUGUUUAGUUUUUUUGCUUGAAAAACUCCCCAGUCCUUAAUGAUUACAAGCAUACCCAUAACAUGAUGCAGCCACCACUAUGCAUUAAAGUAUGGAGAAUGGUACUCAGUAAUGUAUUGAAUUUGCCCCAAACAUAACACUUUGUAUUCAGGACAAAAAGUUAAUUGCUUUAUCACAUUUUUUUGCAGUAUUGCUUUAGUGCCUUGUUGCAAAUAGGAUGCAUGUUUUGGAAUAUUUGUAUUCUGUACAGCAGGGUUCUUCAAUUCCGGUCCUGGAGGGCCGAAACACCUCUGUUUUUCAUCAUCUCCUUCUAAUCAGGGGCUAAUUCAGACCUGGGACACCAGGUGAGUGCAAUUAACUACCAGGUAGAAAUAAAAAACAGAAGUGUUUCAGCCCUCCAGGACCGGAAUUGAAGAACCCUGCUGUACAGGCUUCCUCCUUUUCACUCUGUUAAUUAGGUUAGUAUUGUGGAGUAACUACAAUGUUGAUCCAUCAGUUUUCACCUAUCAUAGCCAUUGAACUCUGUAACUGUUUUAAAGUCACCAUUGGCCUCAUGCUGAAAUCCCUGAGCCAUUUCCUUCCUCUCUGGCAACUGAGUUUGGAAGGACACCUGUAUAUUUGUAGUGACUGGGUGUAUUGAUACACCAUCCAAAGUGUAAUUAAUAACUUCACCAUGCUCAAAGGGAUAAUCAAUGUUGACUUUUUUUUUUUUUUACCCAUCUACCAAUAUGUACUCUUUGUGAGGCAUUGGAAACCCACCCUGGUCUUUGUGGUUGAAUCUGUUUGAAAUUCACUGCUUGACUGAGGGACCUUACAGAUAAUUGUAUGAGUGGGGUACAGAGAUGAGGUAGUCAUUCAAAAGUCAUGUGAAACACUUAUUUCAAUUUAAUCAAUUUUAAAUUCAGGCUGUAACACAAAAUGUGGAAAAAGUCCAGAGGUGUGAAUAUUUUCUGAAAGCAUACCUGCCAUGACUCUAAUUCUCCUAAAAUAUGGGGCUUUCUCCUUGGUGGCAGACUUCUCCCUGCUGGCAGACUUCUCCCUGCCCAGGAUGUUGUUUCUGUUACCAAGCAGGAGACCAAGUGAGAGAAAAUAGAAUGAAAGUUCCCUUUACCCUACAUACACUGCUCAAAAAAAUUAAGGGAACACUUAAACAACACAAUGUAACUCCAAGUCAAUCACACUUCUGUGAAAUCAAACUGUCCGCUUAGGAAGCAACACUGAUUGACAAUACAUUUCACAUGCUGUUGUGCAAAUGGAAUAGACAACAGGUGGAAGUUAUAGGCAAUUAGCAAGACACCCCCAAUAAAGGACUGGUUUUGCAGGUGGUGACCACAGACCACUUCUCAGUUCCUAUGCUUCCUGGCUGAUGUUUUGGUCACUUUUGAAUGAUGGCGGAGCUUUCACUCUAGUGGUAGCAUGAGACAGAGUCUACAACCCACACAAGUGGCUCAGGUAGUGCAGCUCAUCCAGAAUGGCACAUCAAUGCGAGCUGUGGCAAGAAGGUUUGCUGUGUCUGUCAGCGUAGUGUCCAGAGCAUGGAGGCGCUACCAGGAGACAGGCCAGUACAUCAGGAGACGUGGAGGAGGCCGUAGGAGGGCAACAACCCAGCAGCAGGACUGCUACCUCCGCCUUUGUGCAAGGAGGAGCAGGAGGAGCACUGCCAGAGCCCUGCAAAAUAACUUCCAGCAGGCCACAAAUGUGCAUGUGUCUGCUCAAACGGUCAGAAACAGACUUCAUGAGGGUGGUAUGAGGGCCCGACGUCCACAGGUGGGGGUUGUGCUUACAGCCCAACACCGUGCAGGACAUUUGGCAUUUGCCAGAGAACACCAAGAUUGGCAAAUUCGCCACUGGAAGGACACAGAUGAAAGCAGGUUCACACUGAUCACAUGUGACAGACGUGACAGAGUCUGGAGACGCUGUGGAGAACGUUCUGCUGCCUGCAACAUCCUCCAGCAUGACCGGUUUGGCGGUGGGUCAGUCAUGGUGUGGGGUGGAAUUUCUUUGGGGGGCCGCACAGCCCUCCAUGUGCUCGCCAGAGGUAGCCUGACUGCCAUUAGGUACCGAGAUGAGAUCCUCAGACCCCUUGUGAGACCAUAUGCUGGUGCGGUUGGCCCUGGGUUCCUCCUAAUGCAAGACAAUGCUAGACCUCAUGAGGCUGGAGUGUGUCAACAGUUCCUGCAAGAGGAAGGCAUUGAUGCUAUGGACCGCCCGUUCCCCAUACCUGAAUCCAAUUGAGCACAUCUGGGACAUCAUGUCUCGCUCCAUCCACCAACGCCACGUUGCACCACAGACUGUCCAGGAGUUGGCGGAUGCUUUAGUACAGGUCUGGGAGAUCCCUCAGGAGACCAUCCGCCACCUCAUCAGGAGCAUGCCCAGGCGUUGUAGGGAGGUCAUACAGUCACAUGGAGGCCACACACACUACUGAGCCUCAUUUUGACUUGUUUUAAGGACAUUACAUCAAAGUUGGAUCAGCCUGUUGUGUGGUUUUCCACUUUAAUUUUGAGGGUGACUCCAAAUCCAGACCUCCAUGGGUUGAUACAUUUGAUUUCCAUUGAUCAUUUGUGUGAUUUUGUUGUCAGCACAUUCAACUAUGUAAAGAAAAAAGUAUUUAAUAAGAUUAUUUCAUUCAUUCAGAUCUAGGAUGUGUUAUUUUAGUGUUCCCUUAAUUUUUUCGAGCAGUGUAUAAUUAUGUUGAGAAACUGUUUUGUAUUUUAAACUAAUACUAAACAUACAGUAUAUUUACACUGGCCUUGUCAUUUACAUAACAUGUCCCACAUUCCACAAACUGAUAAAGGUGCAAAUGGCCUAGAAUAUGCCAUUGAUAAACUACUGAUAGUAUGACCGUAGAGCGCAUUACCUUGUUUUUAUCACACCAUAGACAUGCAUAUAAAAGUAGGCCUAUUCACACUUCACCCGUCUUCAUUGCUUCUUCCAUUUCAUGUUCUAUAAUUCAAUACCUUAGGAAAAUGAACAGCUACAGAAUUGGUGCAAACAGCUUGUUGUGAGCCUACAUUUUAGCCAAGGUUAGUCUACCUGGUAUCCUUGGGACGUCCCUAAACUUAACCCUUACCCGUUUUAAAUUUUAAUUAGGUUCCAAGGAUUCCAGAUAGCAAUGAUUUUGACAUCCGAGUUGGGACGGCCCAAGGAUUCCGUUCAUAUAAGGCAACCAGAAAUUGAGAAUCCAUUUUGUUCGGUGUUGACUAGAUGGGAUACAGCUUGUCAGAUUUGACUUUUCGUAGCAGAUUAGAACUUACGCAGCAGGUUAGGAUAAUUAGGUUAAUGUUAGGAAAUGUGUUAGGGUUAGCUAAAAUGCAAAAAAAAUCGACUUUUGACGUUAACUUAACAAAAGCUGUAUCCCUUCUAGCCAUGACCAGUUUGUUCUCCCUGGCCUAUACUGUAUUUUGAUUCGUCUGAGGCUAUGAUGUGUUAAAAUUGAAAGUGAAAGAGUUCUCCCCACUAAACGCUGACACAUUUAGGCUACACAGUUUACCUUGACAGCGUUUAACAAAGUAAAAGGUGUAGUAAAGUGCAGUAGGCUAUCUCACCUUUCACCUGAGGGCUCUCGGUUUGUGGACUCGUUCGCUCAUCUUGAUUGAAGAUGCUCAAUAAUUCUCGACCAUGCCAACCUCAAAGCGCUGGUUUUUCCUUUGAAAACACUCGCAGGUGAGUUCAUUUCUCUGAGGCCCACAGGGUAAUUUAAGAAAAAUUUACUGCAACAACAAAACAGCUUUAUAAUAAUCUGUGCUGUCAACUUUUGAAGAAAGCUUGGAGUGAGAUUUGCUAUGUGACUUUCAUUGCCUGCUGGCACAACCCCUAGACGGGUUUUACAGUUUAAAAGCUAAUUUCCUGCAAUUCUACGUAGUUUGACAUGGUUUAGGCCUAAGACCAGGGUAGAAAAUAAAAUAAAACCACAGGUCAGGUGUAUUCAAAUUGCUUUGAACAUUAAAUGAACACUCAAUUGUACAACUUUGUUACUUUGAGAUCUUUGGAGAUUACAUUUAAAGUAUGCUAAUAUGUUUUUAAAAAAAUCUUUAGGUGGUUUGACACAUUAUUCAGACAGUAAUGAAAUGAGAUGAGGAGACAGACAAAUGGGAGAAACAGUGGGAAGGUUGGAAGCAGGGAUCCGUUCUCAGGUGGAAAGUACGAGACGUGCCAGGGAGUGUUACCACUACACCAGGGCUCCCCAACUGGCGGGCGGUUUUAUUUGGCCCCCCAAGUUUUCUGCGAAAAUAAAACAUUUGUGUGGAAUUUUCAUUGUUGGACAUAAAAGACUGUAAAAACACCAGGAAAUCAGUUCCAAGUGAUCUUAAAUUAAGAAAUCUGUUCCCAAGUAUUCCCACGCGAUCAUAUACAAACGUAAGCAAGGUUUGAAAUUAUUGUUUUAGUCAAACAUAUCUGUUUGGGCUUCUUGCGGCCAGUCUGCAGUCUACAAAUGAUUUGUAAUUAUUUUCCGGCCCCCUGACCAGCCGCUCCAAAAAAAAUCGGCCCCCGGCUGAAUCUAGUUGAUUAUCCCUGCACUAUACCAAGGCUCUGCACAGGAAAUAUUAAUAUUAAUGGUUGAUGGCAUUUGGUAAAACCAAAUCAUAGAUUGCAGUCUCCUUGUCCAUAGACUGCUUUCAAGCUAAGGACACACAUUUAGCAAUUUACAUUUUAGUCAUUUAGCAGACGCUCUUAUCCAGAGCGACUUACAGUCAGUGAAUGCAUACGUAUUUUUUUACAUUUUUAAUAUUUUUUCAUACUGCCCCCCGUGGGAAACGAACCCACAUCCCUGCCGGCCAAACCCUCCCCUACCUUGGAUGACGCUGGACCAAUUGUGCGCCGCCCAUGGGUCUCCCGGUUGCGGCCGGCUGCGACAGAGCCUGGACUCGAACCAGGAUCUCUAGUGGCACAGCUAGCACUGCCUUAGACCACUGCGCCACUCGGGAGUCGCAAUUUGGGUGAACUCUCUUUAAAAUAGGUCUGGAAGAAAAUCCUGCUUGCUCUCCAGGAGGGAACGUAUGCAUCAAACUGUAUGGAUAGACGGCUUGACAGAAAUGAUAGUAGAAGAUGAAUGUUGAACUUUUGUUGCACACAUAUCUAGAUGAUGCUGUGUACCAUUUAGCGCAAUGACACUGUCGGUGUGAUCGAGGCGUAACAGCAACCUCAUUUUGUUGACAUUGUACAUAAAACAGCUCUACUAUGCUGCUCUCUCCAUUCAGCUCCACUCUAAUCUUGAGAGCAUCCAAUCCCCUUGAUCCCUUACCUAACUAGACCAAUCAUAUGCUUCAAAGUGCCCCGGUUCACAGUGCUGUGAUAGGACAAUGACAGAGGUUGCGCUCGUGAUGUUAAAUUGAAGGCGCAGAUGCUCCGAUUUCAAAACGAUUUGGAGCACAGUUGAAAAGUCAACGCACUGACUAGGCACGAACUAGUCAGUGCGUGACUAUAAAAAUAAAAGCAGUACUUUUCAAUGCGUGAGAUAUGAGGUGUGGCGUCUUAGCGUGAGAGGAGGGUCAAAUGCGUGAGGUGUUAUGUUUGUACCACAGUGUUGUGAAUGUUCCCGAGGUCUUGAGGUCUUGAGGUGGAUGUGAGGGACUCGAGUCAAGACCCAAUUCAUGCAAAAUUAAAGGGCAACUCCACCACUUUUCAACCUAAUUUUCAUUAUCUCCAGCACAAUACCAGUGUCAACCAGAGAAGGCUGGGGGAGGAGCUAUAGGACAACGUGCUCAUUGUAAUGGCUGGAAUUGCAUAAAUUGAACUGUAUCAAACAUAUCUCAACCACAUGUUUGACACAGUUCCAUUUAGUUUAUUCCAGCCAUUGCAAUAAGCACGUCCUCCUAUAGCUUCCCCUACCAGCCGCCUCUGGAUUAUCAACAUAUGUGAAAACAGCGAAUUUCUAAUAUGACGUUUAAAAGUUCUACCCGAUGACAUCAAACGUUAAAACAAGGAUUUUCAAACACCAUGAGAUUCACAGUGAGGUGGGGAGCAAGAAAAGACCCUCCCUUGGGCGAGAAACUCAUUGCAUGUUUUGAAAAUCCCUUUUUUACUUUUAACCCUGCCCUGUGAUUAAACAAUUUUUUAAGACCUUAUCUUUUUAACCACAUAUCAUAGAAACGCACUGUUUUUACAUACAGUACCAGUCAAGUUUGGACACACUUACUCAAUCCAGCAUUUUUCUUUAUUUUUACUAUUUUCUACAUUGUAGAAUAAUAGUGAAGACAUCAAAACUAUGAAAUAACACAUGGAAUCAUGUAGUAACCACAGAAAAAGUGUUAAACAAAUCAAAAUAUGUUUUAUAUUUGAGAUUCUUCAAAGUAGCCACCCUUUGCAUUGAUGACAGCUUUGCACACUCUUGGCAUUCUCUCAACCAGCUUCAUGAGGUAGUUGCCUGGAAUGCAUUUCAAUUAACAGGUGUGCCUUGUUAAAAGUUCAUUUGUGGAAUUUCUUUCCUUCUUAAUGCGUUUGAGCCAAUCAGUUGUGUUGUGACAAGGUAGGGUUGGUAUACAGAAGAUAGCCCUAUUUGGUAAAAGACCAAGUCCAUAUUAUGGCAAGAAAACAACUGUCCAUCAUUACUUUAAGACAUGAAGGUCAGUCAAUACAGAAAAUGUCAAGAACUUUGAAAGUGUUUUCGCAAAAACCAUCAAGCGCUAUGAUGACACUGGCUCUCAUGAGGACCGCCACAGGAAUGGAAGACCCAGAGUUAACUCUGUUGCAGAGGAUAAGUUCAUUAGAGUUACCAGCCUCAGAAAUCGGCAAUUAACUGCACCUCAGAUUGCAGCCCAAACAAAUGCUUCAUAGAGUUCAAGUAACAGACACAUCUCAACAUCAACUGUUCAGAGUAGACUGCGUGAAUCAGGCCUUCAUGGUCGAAUUGCUGCAAAUAAACCACUACUAAAGGACAGAAGAAGAGACUUGCUUGGGCCAAGAAACACGAGCAAUGGACAUUAUACCAGUGGAAAUCUGUCCUUUGGUCAGAUGAGUCCAAAUUUGAAAUGUUUGGUUCCAACCGCCCUGUCUUUGUGAGAUGCAGAGUAGGUGGACGGAGGAUCUCCGCAUGUGUGGUUCCCAGAGUGACGCAUGGAGGAGGUGUGAUGGUGUGGGGGUGCUUUGCUGGUGACACUGUCAAUGAUUUAUUUUGAAUUCAAGGCACACUUAACCAGCAUGGCUACCACAGAAUUCUGCGCUUAGUGGGAUGAUCAUUUGUUUUCAACAGGACAAUGGCCCAAAACACACCUCCAGGCUGUGUAAGGGCUAUUUGACCAAGAAGGAGAGUGAUGGAGUGCUGCAUCAGAUGACCUGGCCUCCACAAUCACCCAACCACAACCCAAUUGAGAUGGUUUGGAAUGAGUUGGACCGCAGAGUGAAGGAAAAGCAGCCAACAAGUGCUCAGCAUAUGUGGGAACUCCUUCAAGACUGUUUGAAAAGCAUUCCAGGUGACUACCUCAUGAAGCUGGAUGAGAGAAUGCCAAGAGCUGUCAUCAAGGGAAAGGGUGGCUACUUUGAAGAAUCUCAAAUCUCAAAUAUAUUUUGAUUUGUUUAACCUCUACGGGAUCGGUGUCCCGUAUACGGGAUGGUUGCGCUAACGUGCGCUAAUGUGAUUAGCAUGACUGUUGUAAGUAACAGUAAACUUUCCAGGACAUAGACAUGUCUUAUAUGGGCAGAAAGCUUAAAUUCCUGUUAAUCUAACUGCACUGUCCAAUUUACAGUAGCUAUUACAGUGAAAAAAUACCAUGCUAGUGUUUGAGGAGAGUGCACAACAACACAAAUCUUAUCAUGGCAACUGGUUUGAUACAUUCACCUCUGAAGGUCCCAGAGAUAAAAUGUAGCAUAGUUUUGUUUGAUAAAAUCCAUUUGUAUAUUCAAAUGUAGGAACUAGGUUCUACAGUUUGAACCCCUGCUGUCUCUGGCUCCAAACCCACCCCGCCCGGCCCGGCCACCUAGAUGUGUGAAAGUUAGUGUAUAAGCUAAUGAUCCAUCAUGUAUGACAUUCCUGGGAGUGCGUAAACUUACAUUUUGUAUUACCAUAUAAUUUUUGUAUGUUCUCUAUAGUUAUGUACUUGAAAAUGUAUCAAUUGACCAAUUUGGCAGAUUUGGGCGGACUUGAUACAAAAUAGUCCAGUAUUGCAAUGCUUCACUGGAUCAAUCUGAAACGUUGCACACACACUGCUGCCAUCUAGUGGCCAAAAUCUAAAUUGCGCCUAAACUGCAAUAUUAUAUUGUGGCCUUUCUCUUGCAUUUCAAAAUGAAAUAAAUAUGAAAACGCAUGUUUUUUUGUUUGUAUUAUCUUUUACCAGAUCUAAUGUGAUAUAUUCUCCUACAUUAAUUUUACAUUUCCACAAACUUCAAAGUGUUUCCUUUCAAAUGGUAUCAAGAAUAUGCAUAUCCUUGCUUCAGGUCCUGAGCUACAGGCAGUUAGAUUUGGGUAUGUCAUUUUAGGCUAAAAUUGAAAAAAAAAAAAGGGUCAGAUCCUUAAGAAGUUAUCACUUUUUUGGUUACAACAUGAUUCCAAAUGUGUUAUUUCAUAGUUUUGAUGUCUUCCCUAUCAUUCUACAAUGUAGAAAAUUGUAAAAAUUAAGAAAAACCCUUGAAUGAGUAGGUGUCCAAACUUUUGACUGGUACUGUAUGUGGAGGGGGGGGGGGGCAAAACUUACGAUACCAAAAUUUCUCCUGACAUACUAUUUUACAGCAGGGAAAUUAAAAAGUGGCAUUUUUCCGCACUGAAUUUUCAAAAAUUGCUAUCCAAAAGAGCAAUUGUCCAAUAACUAUGCUUCAAAUGUUGAUUUCAUACAUUGUGACAAUAAUGACAGAUCAUGAGAAUGGCCGCAAGUGUUCAGAUAAGCAUGAAAUUCCCUUUUUCUUUCAAUUGAUUGAAUAUCGGUUAUCGGUGGAGUUAUCGACCGAUAUAGCGUUAAAAGGCCAAUAUCGGCAGAUAAUACCUGUGAAUCGAUAUAUCGGGCUCUACGUAGGCUAACAUAAAGCCAGGUCCUCUAAAUAUACCCAACAUUGCAUAAAAAGUACUCACUUUGCAGGAAUGCUGUGUUGGAGGGGAAUUUGUCAGAGCUUGGUUACAGUUCUCCGAAGGCAAGGAAGACUGGAACCACCAUCGCUGGCAUAGUCUUCAAGGUGAGAAUCAGUCAUUACACAUUUUCUGCUUACUGUGAUGUAGCAGUCUCAGGGUUGAGUUUAGCACAAUCAAUGCCCUAAGUAUGAUUAUAGUUUGGGUUUCCUCCCUCCACAGGAUGGGGUGAUACUUGGAGCUGACACAAGAGCCACUGAUGACAUGGUGGUAGCUGACAAGAAUUGCAUGAAGAUCCACUACAUUGCACCUAACAUUUAGUAAGUGCCACCUCGUACAGUAUAAUAGUGUAGCUUGUGUAACCCCUAUGUAGUUCAGCAUCAGCCCCUGCACAAUGGUAUGCACAGACUGGGGCUUUUGUUGAGGUCUAUUUGAGACACCAUGUUUCACCCAUUCAUCUCUGUUUUUAUUGUAGCUGUUGUGGCGCAGGUGUGGCUGCAGAUGCAGAAGUCACCACUCAGAUGAUGUCAUCCAAUGUGGAGCUGCACUCACUCAGCACAGGACGCCCUCCCCUCGUUGUCACGGUUACCCGACAACUGAAACAAAUGCUAUUCAGGUGAGAGAGAGUAUGAAUGAGUCUGUGAUGGUGGGAAAAUAAGACCUCUAAUGUGGCCACUCUCAUAACAUGGUUUGAAUGCUGACAAUCCAAUGACUUUCCUGACAAUAAUAUAAAAUAACAGCCACAACAGUGCCUUCGUCAAUGAUCGGACAUCCCUCAUUUGACUACAACAACCAUUUUCUAUCAAGAACAUUAUGAUGAUGCUGUUACAUUGUAGCUCUCUACACCUGAAUUGUGGCUUCUACUCCAGGUACCAGGGACAUAUUGGCUCCUCUCUGAUUGUUGGAGGUGUGGAUGUGACUGGCGCUCACCUCUACAGCGUCUACCCACAUGGCUCCUAUGACAAACUACCAUUCCUUACUAUGGGUAUGCUCUCCAUUAGUUUAUCUAGUCAAUGCUUGACUCUGUCUGUCAGCGAUGGAGAUUUCUUUGCACCAUCUGUCCAUGUGUUUCAGUCCAUCAUAAUCACAGAUAGUGUUGUCUGUAUUGUUUGUCUUUGGUAAUCAUCUAUUGCCAUCAAAUAAUUCAUCUGGGCUGUGGGAAGAGCUUCUAAUGGUAUGAAGUUGUAUUGAAUAUUGAAACAUUAGAAAACAUUAGAAAAGGUAACACUACUGCCGUUGUUUUUGCAGGUUCAGGAGCAGGGGCAGCUAUUUCUAUCUUUGAGGACAGAUACAGACCAAACAUGGAGGUGAGAUGCAGUUAUUCUCAUUUAACAGUUGUUCAUUUCAUAAAAUGUAUUGCUCACCUCUCUUAUCUGUCUAUCUUGCUCAGCUGGAAGAGGCUAAAAAGCUGGUGCGGGAUGCCAUUACUGCUGGGAUUUUCUGUGACCUGGGCUCUGGUAGUAAUGUGGACCUGUGUGUCAUCACUCAGGCUGGGGUUCAGUACCUUAGGAGCUAUGACCAGCCUGCCCAGAAGGGGAAAAAGUGAGCUAUACAAGUUUCUACUUGGCUACAACCAACAACAUUAAAUGUGAAUAUUACUUGAUUAUUCAUAACGGGAAUUUACAAUAUACUCUCUCUCUUUCCUUUCUCUUUGUCUUUGCCUGUUUCCAGAGAAGGACAGUACAAGUACAAGCCUGGCACCACUGCAGUUUUGACAAAGACUGUCACACCCUUGCCUCUGGACGUCGUUGAUGAAUCAAUUCAGCUUAUGGACACUCAGUGA